AUGGCAACCACCCUUGCCACCGAUGUCCGCCUCUCAGUCGCGCACCAGACCCGCUUCGCCCUCCGCCUCGCCUCCGCCAUCUCAUCCGACCCCGAAUCUGCUACCGGCAACGUCGCCUUCUCCCCGGUCUCACUCCAUGUCGCGCUCAGCCUCAUUACUGCCGGCGCUGGCGGCACCACCCGCGACCAGCUCGUAGCCAUACUUGGGAACGAGAAUGCAGGCGGGCCCGAGGGACUCCACUCGCUCGCGGAUCAGGUGGUACAGUUAGUGCUUGCCGAUGCGUCCAUCACCGGCGGCCCGCGCAUCGCCUUCGCCAACGGCGUGUUUGUAGACGCGUCGCUCUCCCUCAAGCCUUCCUUCCAGGAGCUCGCUGUGUGCAACUAUAAGUCCGAGGUCCAAUCCGUGGACUUCAAGAAUAAGGCUCCUGAAGUUGCUAGUCAAGUGAACUCAUGGGUAGAGAAUGUCACAACAGGUCUCAUCAGAGAGAUCCUCCCUAAAGGGUCUAUUGACUACACCACUAGACUGGUUCUUGGUAAUGCCCUUUAUUUCAAGGGACUUUGGACUGAGAAAUUUGAUGAAUCUAAGACAAAAUACGACAAGUUCCACCUUUUAAAUGGGGACACUGUUCAAACACCAUUCAUGUCCAGUACAAAUAAGCAAUACAUUUCAUCUUCCGAUGGCUUGAAGGUACUUAAGAUUCCAUAUCAGAAAGGUGGAGACAAUAGGCAAUUCUCCAUGUACAUUCUUCUUCCUAAAAGACGUGAUGGUCUCUGGACCUUGGCCAAAAGGUUGAGCACUGAAUCAGAGUUCAUCGAUAAGCAUAUACCAACGGAGAAAGUUGUAGUUGAGCAGUUCAUGCUGCCAAAGUUCAAGAUAUCGUUUGGAUUUGAAGCAACCAAUUUGCUCAAGAGUUUGGGUCUUCAGUUGCCAUUUAGCACAGAGGCAAACCUUUCAGAGAUGGUGAAUUCUCAUGUGGGCCUAUUCAUCUCAUCUAUUUUCCACAAGUCAUUUGUCGAAGUGAAUGAACAAGGAACUGAGGCUGCAGCGGCAACUAGUGUAGCGAUCGAACAACAACAGAUGCCCAUUGUGAUGGACUUCGUUGCAGAUCACCCUUUCCUCUUCCUUAUCCGAGAAGACGUCAUUGGUGUGGUUCUCUUCAUCGGUCAUGUGGCCAAUCCCCUCGUGUCUUCGUAA